AAUCGCACAUGAUUUCAGCGAAGGGGCCGUCGAUCCCUGCUGAACCCUUGCUGUACCCCUGCUAACUUCCGUUGCAUCGCCCGUCAUGCAGAGAGAGAGAGAGCUUAGGUGCCGCAUCCGUAUCUGCAGUGAUGACGUCACUGUCUGACGUCACCUCUGAGCUGUCGGGGCGGCGGCGGCGCUGGCGGGGUCGGCGGGCCGGGCCGGCUGGCACACACCUCCCUCAGUGUCGGCCGGGACGGUAUACAGCCUCGCCUCCGAGUGCCUCUUCGGGUCUAACCAUGGCUGACGACGAGUGCUGUCUGGAGGACUGCUGCUGCCACGAGACGGCCGAUGACCUGAAUUACCACUACCGGCCCAUCAGCGGCACAUCGGUCAGCUUCAGCGUGCAGUGCGCCAACGACGCGCACCUGUGCCUCAGCCCGCACGACCACGACUCGGAGGACAUGCUGCAGGUCUUCAUCGGCGCCUGGAAGAACGGCCAGUCCGGCAUCCGGCUAGGAAACAAGAACAAGCAGGACGUGGCCCGGGUAGACACUCCUGGCAUUGUGUCGGAGGAGGAGUUCCGAAAAUUCUGGAUCAGCUGGGACGAUGGCCACGUUAAGGUGGGCCACUGCGGCGACACCACGCCGUUUAUGGAGUGGAGGAGCCCGCAGCUAAUCACCGCCUCCUACCUGGGCUACCGGACCGGCUGGGGAAGCUGCGGCCAGUGGAAGUUCCACGACGAGGCGCUGUUUGAGACGGCGUGCGACUGCCACUACCACUUCCGCGAGGCGCACGGCACGGCGGUGACAUUCAGCGUGCAGAUCCCCAACGACGCCCACCUGGCGCUGACCUCCGGGCCGGCCGAGGCGGCGCCCAUGUACGAGAUCUUCAUCGGCGGCUGGAACAACACCAAGUCGGCCAUCCGGUACACCAGUGCGAUCGUGUUUGACGACUACGUCAGCGAGGACAUGUGUAUGGAGGAAACGCCAGACAUUGUCUCCGGCGACGAGAUGAGAUCGUUCACCAUCUCCUGGACCAACGGCCUCAUCCAGGUGUUCGUGAAGGGGGAGAGCACGCCGUUCAUGUCCUGGAAGGAUCCCAACCCCAUCACGGUCACCCAUUACGGCUACCGCAGCCGACAGGGCGCCAGCGGCCGGUGGCGGUUCGAGGUCUAGGAGCUCGCCGGCGGGACGGAGCGGCUCCCCCAGCCAGCAGGAUCGGCGCUGAUGGCUCACCAGUGAGCACUCCCUGAACUCUGGACAGAGUCAAUAAGCUUUACUUGUCGUCUGGUGACGCGGCGUGGCGCACUUAACUCUCGUCCUUCUUUAUCGUGCCAGCUGAUGAAUAACUUCUUCAGGGCAGCUGGAAACAAGUCAACGCGGCUUUGUGCUUAUGUAGAAUAGGGCCAGUGAACCAGGUCAAAUGUCUCUUUUUAGUUGUUCCAGAAACGUGUUUGCAAAGGACGAAAUCAUGUGAGGGAGCCCAUGCUCUUGCAUAAUACAUAUUUUCUUGUUGUAAGAAG